AUGGGCAUAUCAUUCUCAAGCACAGAAGAAACAUUAACACGAGUCUUUUCCAAUUAUGGUCGAGUUCUUGGAGUGGAUGUGAUGAUGGACAAAGUCAGAUGCAGACCAAAAGGGUUUGCUUAUGUCACAUUCUCUUCCAAAGAAGAAGCCGACAAAGCUUUACUUGAACUUAACGGACAGUUGGUAGACGGGCGGGUCGUGGUCCUCGAAGCAACCAAAGCCGUAAAACAGGAAGAUAAACCAGACAGCAAGCCUAAGCAUGCAGGUGGUGACAUUUUUUGUCAUCUGAGAGCGCGGAAGGAGUUCUCAGCAGCCAAGAAAAGAUUAUUCCAGAAAGUUAGGCAAGGUGGUCUGCAGCAUUUUAUUGUUUUGCGCAGGAGGAAGAAGAAGAGAAAGCCUGUGACGUUUAGAGUCUUUGCUCGUGUGCAAGUUAGUCCAGGUCCAGGGUGA